GUUACUCUUGCAGGAGAGGUUUUUCAUGACGCUGAAAUGGAAUUCUCAAAAACUCCUCCCUUUGAUGAUGAUGACAACCUCAGCAGCGACAAUCGUUCUGUUGAAAAUGACUCUCCUUGCUGCGCCAGAAGUGUCUUCAACGUUAAUCAUGCUGCUGUAGAUUAUGAUGAAAACGAGCCUCACACACCGCCUCUGACUGGACCAUACAAGAGAAGAAGAGUAACUAAGGCAAUCAGCACUGGAGUUGAAGUUGACUAUAUGGAGGAAACACCCAAAAGAAAAGAUAACUCGGUAGACCACUGGGAAAGCCAUGUACCUGAUUGUGAGAACAUCACUGAAGCAACCCAGUAUAAGGAUGUACUAGUUCUUGUUAAGUGUGGUGACCGUGAUCUUCCUUUUAAAUUGCGAGAGAAAGAACGCAUUGAUCGAUUCCGAGUCGUGGCUACUGAAUUGUCUUUACAAGAAAUUCACACUCUUCCGUCUCUUCCGUCGUUACCUUCACACUCUCAAAUGCAAGAUUAUACGAACAAAGGCCAAGCUGGGACCUCUUCUUCUUGUGAUGGAAGUGUCACCGUAGCUAUUACUCCAAUGGCGUCGUCUCAAGUGGAUGGUAAAGCUGUUGAGGUAUAUUCAAGCACAGAGACAUUACCUGAUGAUCCUUGUGCCAUUCAAGACAGAAGAACAGUUGUGUCUCUUCAAGAUGAGACAGAAGAAGAAGAUAAUGGCAGUGGAGAUGAAGAUAAUUGGCUCACCAAAAAGAAAAAGAAGUCACAGGCUAUUACCGGAAGUUUUAGUGACAGCUUGACAAAGUUUAGGACUAAAGCAUGGCGUAGAGCUACAUCCGGACUAAAGGAAGCUAAAGCGGAAGCAUAUAGUAAACAGAAAUUUACAUGUUGGGACUUUUCAGGUGACGUGACACAGAUCAUGAAAAGUUGGGGUUUUAAAGAUGGUUUGGGUUUAGGAAGACUAAACCAAGGCCGCAGAGACAUUAUUCAGCCCAUCCCUCUCCCUUAUGAUGUGAUUAGACAAGGACUUGGGUAUAGUUGUAAUUACAUCCGGCGUGAAAGAGAAGACCUACUAAAGCAGGACGCAAAAUAUAGGGAAAACCGCUGCAAUGUUACGACGAUUUCGAGUGAUGGUUUUGCUGAUGUCCGCCAGGAAAUCCAGAGAAAGAAGAGAUGAAGAGGGCUGUCUCCCAGGAUUAGAGAAUAAUAGUCUGCCUUUAAA